GGUGCGCGGCCCCUCAUGGCCAAGCGGCGCGCGGAGCCGCUGAUGUGUCACGUGCCCGUGAAGCGGCUGCUGCGCGAGCCGGCGCUGCCCCUCGCGGGCGAGCGGCGCUCCCGGGCAGGGCCGGGCUGCGCGGGCCCCGCCGCGCCCAAGCGCCCGCUGGAGGAGGCGGAGGCGCCGCCGGGAAAGCGGCUCGGGCCUUACGCCCCCCGUGCGCAGCCGGGGGACGCGGGUGGCGGGCGGCGGCAGCGAGGCGGGACCGCGGCGCCCCAGGAUGCGCCGGCGGCGGAGGGACGCGCGGGCGGCCGGGGCAAAGAGCGAGCCACCGCCGCCGCUGAGCAAGAAGAAGAAUUCUCUCAAUAUAACUCAUUCCUUUAUUGGAGAGCACCACUGCCUGCUAUUGAUUUGUCUGAUAUUCAGAACCUAGAUGAAGAGACUCCAUCGGGCACUAAAGCUGCUGCAAGGACUGAUACCACAGAGGCGGAAAUGGAAACCUGAUCAGUUGUUUCAUAGCUGUGCAUCUGUUCCCAGGAAGCUUGUUUCAAUUGAGAUUCAGGUUUUGUUCCUUGGGUGAAUAAUAAGCAUAAUUAUUCUGUCUUGGAGAAGUCUUUAAAAGCAGAUCUGAGUUGCCUUAGUGGAUGGGAUAGACAGUAUUGGGUACUUAACAUUAAGCUGUCUGAAGGUGUGCAGUAAGGAGGAGUCUACAAUGUCUGACAAGAAUACUUGAAUACUUGGAGGCAGACUAAAAGAAGAAUACAGAAAAUUAGAACUUUGAGAUGUAAUUAAAACAAGUGGGGAUAUGUUACAUGUCAAAAGGAAAUGCAAAAUCAUUUUGUCUAUCCUUAAUAAAAAAAGUGUGGUACCUGAAAGUGAAAUAUUUGACAUGUGAAUUUAUCAUAAAGCACACAAACUCUAGUGAUUUCUAAUGUAUUCUUUUUUCUCUAUAAUAGCUAAACCAAAAAAUAAGAGUCCAUCAAAAUCAGAGAAAACAUUCCCUUUUUUAUGCAAACCAAAAACCAAGUGUGGCAGACAAGGGGAAGGAAAAGGGGCUACUUUCUGCUAAAAGCUGCUGCUGUUCUGGAAGGUUUCACAUUCUCAUUGUGAAAAAGUUUUUUCUCUUCUCUCUUCUACAUUACGCUCAGCAGUGGGCACCCAGUUUUGUAUGUUUUUGGUUCAAAGUUAACUGCUAUUCUUAGUGUUUGUGACGUUGCUUUGAACCAGCUGAUAGCAUCUGAAUGACAGGUUUUGGCACAUGUGUCAAGAAAAGUUAGUGCAAUAUAAAAUGAUCACACGCACUCCUUCAGACUUUACAGAAUGAGGUAUAGUUUUUGCAGAGACUGUGAAUCUUGCAGAAAGUUUUUGCAGAAGUUAAUUCAAAUAGUGGGUUUUUUUGCUGUGAAAUAAGAACUUAAUGUUUGUGAUUUGCAGUUUAUUUACAAGUUGAAGUACAAUUAGACAUGUCUUUAAUAAUAGGCUGAAGCUGUAUGGGAAGACUUAUAUUUUGCGAAUACAAUUUGUCUUUAAGGAUAGAAAAUGUAUUUUUUCUGUAACUGUUACGGAAAAAGACAACUUUUGAAUUUAUUUUUUUCUAUUAAUGUGUUUGUUAAAGGACAAUAAAAUUUUGCCUGUGUGUAUG